AUGGCGGACGAACUCAAAGCUCUCGGAAACAAGGCUAUUGCGGAGAAGAACUUCGACGAGGCUAUCUCCAAGUUCACAGAGGCCAUUGCCAUCGAGCCUACGAACCACAUCCUGUACUCGAAUCGCUCUGCUGCUUACGCGUCCAAGAAGGACUACGAAAAUGCGUUGUCCGAUGCCGACAAGGUCACUGAGAUCAAGCCUGACUGGGCAAAGGGAUGGGGACGUAAGGGUGCUGCGAAGCAUGGCUUGGGAGAUCUGAUUGGUGCUCUGGAUGCCUACGAGGAGGGACUCAAGCUUGAUCCGAACAAUGCGCAAAAUAAGUCAGGUCUUGCGUCUGUUCAGCGCGCAAUCGAUGCGGAAGCCAAAGCUGAUGGCGUUACUGGUGAUCCAUCUGCAGGCCUGGGAUCCAUGUUCAAGGACCCUCAAGUCAUUCAAAAGAUUGCUGCAAACCCAAAGACCAGCAAGUUUUUGGCAGACCCAUCCUUCAUGACCAAGCUCCAAUACAUUAGGGACAACCCUAGCGACGUCCAAGGUGUAUUCCAAGACCCUCGCAUGGUCCAGGUACUUGGCGUUCUCAUGGGUAUAGACAUGAUGGCAGGUACUCAGGAUCCACGUGGCGAGCCUGGAUCAGCUCCGCAGGAAGUCGAGGAGGAUGUCCCUAUGGCAGAUGCGCAACCAGCUCCUGCCCAGGCACAGCAACCAAAGAAAGCACCAUCCCCAGAACCUGAGCCCGAGCCAAUGGAUGAGGAGGCAGCAGAGAAGGCCAAGGCUAAAGCCGCGGCCGAUGAGGAGAAGAGACUCGGUACGGAAAACUACAAGAAGAGAAACUUCGACCAGGCUAUUGCGCACUACAGCAAGGCUUGGGAGCUGCACAAAGAUAUCACCUACCUCAACAACCUCGGCGCUGCUUACUACGAGAAGGGGGACUACGAUGAGGCUAUCAAGGCGUGUGAGAAGGCAGUCGAGGAAGGUCGGGAGGUCUACGCGGAUUUCAAGAUGAUCGCCAAGGCACUGGGCCGUAUUGGGUCCUCUUACGAGAAGAAGGGAGACCUUGAGAAGGCCAUUGAAAACUAUAAGAAGUCUCUUACCGAGCACCGCAUUCCCGAAACCGUGAACAAGCUCCGCGCCGCCGAGAAGAACAAGCUGGAGGCCGCAAGAGCUGCACUCAUCGACCCGGCCAAGGCAGAGGAGGCCCGCGAGCUCGGUAACGCAAAAUUCAAGGAGUCUGACUGGCCCGCAGCCGUAGCAGCAUACAGCGACAUGAUCCAGCGUGCUCCCGAGGACCCGAGAGGCUACAGCAACCGUGCUGCAGCUUUUAUGAAGCUGUUGGAGUUCCCUAGUGCGAUCGACGACUGUAACACUGCGAUCAAGAAGGACCCCAAUUUCAUCCGUGCAUAUCUGCGUAAGGCUCAGGCUUACUUUGGCAUGAGAGAGUACUCCAAGUGUGUGGAUGUCUGCACUGAGGCCAGUGAGGUUGAUGCCACGAAGGCCAACGCGCGGGAGAUCCAGCAGCAACAGGAGAAGGCUUAUGCUGCUAUGUACAGCGCACGUGAGAACGAGACUGAGGAGCAGACUAAGGAGAGAAUCUCGAGAGAUCCUGAGAUCGUCGAAAUCAUGCAAGACCCCAUCAUGAACAGCAUCCUCCAGCAAGCCCAGGGUGACCCCGCUGCUCUUCAAGAGCACAUGAAAAACCCUCGUAUUCGCGUGAAGAUCCAGAAGCUGGUCGCCGCUGGCGUGAUCCGCGUCGGUAGAUAA